AUGGAGGAGGAGAUGCAGCCGGCGGAGGAGGGGCCCAGCGUCCCCAAAAUCUACAAGCAGCGCGGCCCCUACAGCGUCCUCAAGACGUUCCCCAGCAAGAGACCGGCGCUGGCCAAGCGCUACGAGCGACCCACCCUAGUGGAGCUCCCGCACGUGCGGCCGCCCCCGCCGCCCUUCGCGCCGCACGCCGCCGGCUCCAUCAGCAGCAGCGAGCCGCCGCCGCCACCGCCGCAGCAGUUCCAGGCGCAGAGCUCUUACCCCCCCGGGCCGGGCCGGGCCGCCGCUGCCGCCUCGUCGUCGUCUCCGUCUUGCACGCCCGCCGCGUCCCAGGGCCACCUGAGGACUUCAGCGCCGCCGCCGCCGGCGGCCCCCGCCGCCUCAUCUUCCUCUUCUUUCGCCGCCGUCGUCAGGUACGGCUCGGGCCCGGCGGCCGCCGCGGGCAGCAGCAGCGCGGGCGGCGACGGCGCCAGCCUGGAGCUCAGCGCAGAGAGUCGUAUGAUCUUGGACGCCUUUGCUCAGCAGUGCAGCCGAGUCCUUAGCCUCUUAAAUUGUGGAGGAAAACUUCUGGACUCCAGCCACGCUCAAUCCAUGAUUUCUUGCGUAAAGCAGGAAGGCUCAAGUUACACCGAAAGACAGGAGCAGUGUCCCGUUGGCAAAGCGGUCCACAGUCAGACCUCAGACAGUGUAGACAUAGAGAUGCAAUAUAUGCAAAGGAAACAACAAACUUCUGCCUUCUUGAGGGUGUUCACUGACUCCCUACAAAACUACCUGCUCUCAGGGAGCUUUGCGACCCCAAACACCUCCUCGGUCAGUGAGUACGGCCACCUGGCGGAUGUGGAUCCUCUGUCAACGUCGCCCGUGCACACACUAGGUGGCUGGACCUCCCCAGCGACGUCCGAAUCGCACGGUCACCCGUCCUCUUCCACGCUGCCUGAGGAGGAAGAGGAGGAGGAAGAAGAGGGCUACUGUCCUCGAUGCCAGGAGCUGGAGCAGGAAGUGAUUUCACUGCAGCAAGAAAAUGAAGAGCUCAGAAGAAAGUUAGAGAGCAUCCCAGUGCCCUGCCAGACCGUUUUAGAUUACCUGAAGACGGUGCUGCAGCAUCACAAUCAGCUUAUGAUCCCACAGCCAGCUGACCAGCCGACUGAGGGAAGCAAGCAGCUGUUGAACAACUAUCCUGUCUACAUAACGAGCAAACAGUGGGACGAGGCUGUAAAUUCUUCAAAGAAAGACGGGCGGCGGCUCCUCCGAUACCUCAUCAGAUUUGUUUUCACAACCGAUGAGCUUAAGUACUCAUGCGGCCUUGGGAAAAGGAAAAGGUCAGUGCAGUCAGGAGAGACAGGUCCUGAAAGACGCCCUCUGGAUCCAGUUAAAGUAACAUGCCUCCGAGAAUUCAUUAGGAUGCACUGUACCUCCAACCCCGACUGGUGGAUGCCCUCGGAGGAACAGAUAAACAAAGUGUUCAGCGACGCUGUGGGGCACGCCCGGCAGGGGCGGGCAGUGGGGACCUUCCUGCACAACGGUGGCUCCUUUUAUGAAGGGAUCGAUCACCAGGCUUCCCAGGAUGAAGUCUUCAAUAAAAACUCCCAGGAUGGUUCUGGUGAUUAGUGGACAGAAUCUUUCCACCCUAGCAGCGGGUCCUCUCAGCGGUUCCAGUUGUGAAUGUCUUGUUCCCAUCACGUUAGACUCCAAAGCAUGUCAUUCCGUCAUGCACUAUACAUCCUAAACCUUCACUCUCUUGACCCACUGCCACAGUUCCCAGUACAAAUCCAUUUUAGGCUGGUUCGGGGAGUCUGCGGAGCCUGCAAACGUUUUCAGACUAUAUCAUAAAAAGAAAAAAACUGGCGUUGUUUUUAAAGGAUUACUAGUUAGACUGUCUAGUGAGGGAGAAAAAAGAUAGAUUAGCUUCUUGUCACUGGUCUGAAAUUUUCAAGUAAGCUCUGCUUCCUGAGCAGAGCCGGUCCCCAUGGAGAUUGGGUUUAGAGUUCCUGCCCGUGGGAGAAGGUGGAGGCCUGGAACAAGCAUUCUCUCAUUUUAAUUCAAGUCGGUUGUCUUUAUGUUUUCCGAAGACUUGAAUUUAUACCUCUCAGCAAAGACGUAGGCUAGGCGACAUUGUGUCAUGUCUACGUUGACAGAGCCUGUUUCAUUGAAAAGAAGCCAGAGAACAGAGGCCACCUCUAGACCAUGAUUAGUUGGAAGUCAGCUGUUUUUCCCAGUUACAUUUACCAAAAAAAAAAAAAA